GAGCGCAUGAUAUUUAAAAAUCAAAACAUUACCAACCGGUGUGUUUUAAUACGUACUUGCAUGUGAGUGACAACAGUGUAUUUCAAUACAGUAAUUUUGCUGUUUAUAGACCAGUCAGCUCCUGACAUCAUCUGUUGAUAUUGAGGAUUUGUAAAUAAUUUCUCCUAGUGAAGCAGACAUAUCUUUUGAUCAUGGCGGAAUCUCACAGCCUUAACCUGGACCUUAAUCAAUCAUUGGAUCUCAGAGUGACUCAGUUUAAAAACGAUCAAGAGAAAAUGGCCGAUCUGAACGAGUUUUUAAAUGAGAUCUUUGAGAAGGCGCAGAAAGAUGCUGAGCAAAGACGAGGAAGUGCAUCUAAAGGAAAAUUGGAUGCUUUAGGAAUUCAAAAUGGAACCAAAAAAAUCGGCGUCUGGUCCAACCGUGCUAAGUCUUCUGCCCGACUGCUUGCGACCAGGAUUUUUACCACAAUAUGUAAUUGUACCAAUACAGUGCGGAGUACUCUUAAUGCUCGCAACAAUCAUAAUUAGGAAAUUCCUAUGGAAAUCUCCAUCUAGUAAUACCUCGUAGCUCUUACCAAUCGUUUGUUAUACUGCGUCUACCUAUUCAAUAAAAUGUUGUGAUCAUGGCAUAUCACGAGCUGCCAGUUAUAUAUGAGUCAAAUAGUAACUGACAGUAUUAAUCUGAAAUAACAAUAAUUUAAUUUGUUUCGUUUAAGGAUCUUUGGCAUUAGGUUAAUAUUAAAUCAAAGAAAUAUGUCGUCUGCAAAUUUGCAUCAAUCCUGAUUUAUCUGAUAUAAAAUUAAGAUUCUGAUUAAGAGUUAACGUUACAAUUAAUUUUUUUUAGAAGAUAAAGAGUUUAGGACCAGGAUAUGUUGCAAGUUAGUACCUUAUAUUACUUUUUACACAUAUAUUUCAAUAUGUAGGUACUAAUAUGGUUAACUAGUUGAUUCUAGUAUUUUGUAAACAUAUCAACCUACCAGCUGUUAUACGGGAUGUAGAAAAUAUAGUUUUAAAUGUAGAGGGAUGAUCUUGCCGAGGCUGAAAAAAAUGGGUUCUUAUUUCACUCGUAAUAUUAAAGGGAUCUAAAGAUUCAUUUAAACCAAUAUAAUACUUGUCAUUCAUAUUUUGCCGACAGAAACAAUCAUAUAUGGUAACAACAAUUUUAAAGUACUAAAAAGAUCCUAGAAGACACACUUCAGUCCAACGGAGAGCCAAAUAGUUUCAAUCCACUUCAAUAUUGUCUAACAAAAUAUUUUUCUUGUUCUCACAAUACUCUUUCUAAUGAAAUCUCUUGCUUUGCAUGGCUAACUCGAAAUAGGACUUAUAAUUGAUAAAAUGUAUAUGAAACUAUCGUACUGAAACUGAUUCUUAAUGACUUAUGACAAUUUGACAGGUACUACUACUGACAGUUGAUACGUACCCGUAGCAUUUUUAACCGAUGUAUUUCUACCUAAUAAAGGUUUCUAUUUGCUACUGAGAUGUACAAGCUGCAAUCCGGGACACCAAGAAGAAGACGCUGUUUAAAGAUGUGUAUUUACAAAACAUACUGAAUCCGAUUACUUUGGAGCUUAACAUAAUGCUUUUAUAGUGGCACUGACAUGAAAAUUUGAAUUGACAUGCGGACCCUCACUUCAUGUUUAUUCAGUCAUUCGCAUGUUUUAUUCAGUCAUUACGUUGUUGUUCUUGGUUGCUCCUCUUCCUUUAAAACAGAUUGAGGAAAUGAUGCUAUUGACGACAUUGACCCGAUUUAGAUAAAAUUGAAAAAAAAAAAAUAAAUAAAACUUUGAUCUACUGAUACGGUUUGCCGAGUAAAACCUUACAUUCUUUGGGUGGUGAAUCGAAUGAUCCCAACGGCUGACAGUUCGACUUAAAAUAAUUUUAACAAAUGUAAUGAAUUUUAAUAGGCAAAGUGAUGAGGUACAUUCAGUUGUCACAUGCCUGUUCUUGACAUCUGAACAUCAUAUUUUAGACUUUAUUUUAGACAUUCGAUUCUAUUUGGGGUUAUUUAGCCUCCUCAGGCAUCGUUUUAGGGCAGGACAAACUCUUUUUUGUAUUUUACAUAUACCUUUCCCUAUAGCUCUUUUGCAACCCUUACAUAGAUUUGGUAGCAAAGCAAAAAGGAGAAUUUGCUUCAAAAUAUAAACUUCAGUAUUAUUUUUAAUAAUAAGUCGAAAUUUGAGGUAUUGAAGGGACAUACAUGAAAUGAUAUAAAUUAUUGAAAGUUUAGUCUUACUUUAUCUUAGACUCUUAAAAAUGUACGUAGAAUGUAACAAAGAAGCUAUUGUUUGUAACUGAACUUACUUAAAUGCAAACAUUCUAAAAUAGAUCUUAGCAUUAAGUGGCCCAAGUGCUCAUCAGACCUUAAGUAAUUUAGUAAAGUACUUCCUUUGAUACAUGAUUUACUUAUAAUUUUGCUCAUUCUGAAAAGUCUUUGAUGUAGGUAAAACUUAUGUCAAAGACUUUCUAGCGAUAUUAUAUUUAUCGUAAAUUUACAUUAAACGCCCUCACUGUUCUCAUCAACAUAUGGCAACGCAGCUUUGCGUGCGUGUUUUCUGAACAACGGCCAGCACAAAAUAUUAACCUACGGAUCCGUAGGUCAUUAUUUUGUGACAGCCAGUAAAUUUAUUGCGCUUGCAGGUCACGUAUCGGGCGAUAUUGCCAUAUGAUGCAAGAAAAAAAUGCCUUGGAAGCACUGUUGCACAACUUUUAUUUAAUUAUUUUUCAUUAUUGCUACAUCUUAAGUACUCAAUUCCUAACCUCUUGGUACUUUCAACCUAAUGAAGCUGUCAUUCUUUAUAUGCUCUUAAAUAUACCAUUAGCAUUAAAUAAUAAAUUCAGUUGACAUAAAACCAUAUUAUUUCGUUAGGCUGUUGAAAGGUAUAGUAAUAAAAUAAUAAUAAAUUUUAUUAAAAUUAUAUAGAACAAUAAUUUAUAAAUGUGAUUUUCGUGACUAUCAGAACACUAUAUCCUAUUUGUAUUCCUUAAUUUCAUGUUGUAGUUCUCUUAUACAUUUUGUUGUAAAUUUGGAAUUAUUUUAACGACUUUUGGAUUUUUUUAUUAGGAUUAGAAGUUAAUAAAAAACAUUCUAUUGGAACGUUUCGCACGAACGUAGAUCCUGUAUAAAUUGCAAUCCAUAUCAAACCAACAUAUUUGGGUUCCUUAUUUUAAUCAUUUGUCUUCUGUAACGUUGUGUGGUACUGUAUUCAGAUGUUCAUUUUAUUAACAUGAAUCAAAAUAAAGUUCAAUCUCGAUAAAGUAAACAUCAAAAAACCUUAACCAAAGGACUCAAAAAUAAAAACUGAAGAGUAUUGACCUGGUAUUGUAUACCGGCCUAGCAAAUUAAUUUUUUGGGUAGUCAAUCUGUCCUCAGUUAGUAGAGAAGAAAAACUGUUGGUUUUCUUUUAAAUUAUGAGCUAUAUCCUGAGGAUAGCCUCAUAGAGGUCGAAAAAUCGAUAAUUUAUCCAUAAAUAUUUGUUUAAGAGCACUUUAAUUGUGGCCUGAAUAAUUUAUGUAAUACAUUGGAUUUCACACUCCAGACCUUUGUUGGCCGGGCCGUUAUAUAUGACCCAGAUAAUAUUUAUGGAUACUAUAAUGUCAUCGAGAUUGUACUUUAUCCUUACUACAAAUGUGUACAAUAAAUUUAAAAAUUAAUCAUAGAAUAAAUAUAUUUACCUGUUAGUUAAAGACUUUUUUAUUAUUUUAACACUUACUUUAUUAUAUAUUUUUCAGAAGAUUCCUGGAGUUUAAAAAAAUAAAAAUAAGCUUUGUUAUUAUUAGUAUAUAGCAUUUGUAGACAAAGCUUAAAAUAUGUUCACAAAACUUUUGUUUAUUAUCAUUUAAUAAUCCAAGAAAUCUGAUGCAGUUAUUUAUUUCUAAAUCAUUAUUUGGUCUAUGAGAAAGUCUGUAAAAAGAUUCUCAUCAUAUUUUCGGGAUACCGUCCUUUUAAUCUAGAACGACCAGAACAUUGAUAUAGAGAAGAAGCAACAUGGCGCUAAGCUUAUACGCCUAUGGAGAGUCCUGGUCCACAACAGUGAACAAGAUUUCUAUGAAACUAACAAUUUGGUUUAUACCUGACAGAAAUUAUAUAAACCAGUCCAGAGCCAUCUCUAUAUGUAUAGUUGAAGACCUUACCACGAAUGAUUCAGACAAUCGAAGGCUUUAAAGAAAUCACUAAAUACAUAUCUCCAACAUUGCAUUAAUCAGAGGGCAAUAUUUGCAGCCAUCUAUAAAACAAGCGUUGAUUUUUGCACAAGUUAUAGCUUGGGUGUCAUACAAAUUAAUUUUUGCAUGACUAAUAAUUAUACAUUUUAUUCAGGUAUCCCUUAACAUACUAGUAUUGAGCAUCCAGAGACCUUAUCAUAAGCAAGUUGUAGCUUUCAUGAUGAUUGAUUAUAUUAUAUAUAAUAUAUGUAUUUCCAUUUAUAUAUUAAGCAGUUGUGAAAAAAUAUGCAUUGUCCCAUUAACUGAUCCCUAAGAUGCACAAAUGUAUGUGAAUGUAAUGAAUAUCUAACUUUGAAUAUUCAAUUAAAAUUAAAUAUUUAUCUAUUGAUCAGAAUAAAUAAACUAUGACUUGUGCAAAUGAAUUCCACUUAAUUUAUAUUAUUUAGCAUAUAUACAAUAUCAAAAACUGGUUUUCUUUAGGAAUCGAGUGGUCUCGUACGUAUUUAUAAAUAUCAGGUUGAGCUGAAAUGUUAGUUGAUUAUUUAACUUCAAUCAGUCGAGGCUGCUCUUUUCGGUUCUAUUACAAAUUUCAUCCUGAUGUGUUUAAUUCUUGUGUGUCAAUGAAUGGUCUAGAAUAUUUGGUUACAUCCAGGUUCCUACAAGUUAUCAGUUUAUCGAACGAACACCGAGGAAAAGUCGGGAACACAAAGGAAUUCAAAUUAUUAACACAAAUCCAUCACGUGCCUUAGAUCAAGAGAAUUAUUGGAAUCGAGAGGGUCAGCUUGUUGAAAUUGAAACUAAAUUGGCUUGGUUCAUUCAGGACUUGAAAAAAAUUAUCACAUAUUUUAAAUAUGGUUCGAAGCUCUAUCAUUGCACCAAUGUCCGGUCAGCAAAUUGGCAAUGAAUGGAAUAAUACCAAAAGACCUAUUGGAGCCUCAUAUAACUUAGAAGAGGAGAAGAGAAAAGAGGCAGCCACUAAAAAAACUACCCAAUCAAAAUACGGAGCAUGGGGCACGUUUAAAAAUCAAAGUCAUUUUGCUAGUUUACAUCACUGUUAAUCAUUAUUUCUAAGUUUAGUACUAGUUAAUAAAGUUCUGUAUCUCAUGUCUUAUUUUAUACUUAUAUUAUAUUGCGUAACCUUAGAA